AAACCACAGGCAAAAGAAAAAGAAAACCUGAUAAAAUUGAACAUGGCCAGAUCAGAAUAUGAUUAAAAAUAAAAAAGGCCAUUGAAAAUUACAAGAUUAGUGGGUUUUUGAUUGAUGGGAAAUUCAUUUGUUUGAGGGAGUUUUAAGAGAGAGAGACCUGCAGUUUUUUUUCAAUCGAGAUAAGGCAACAUGGGAUUUCAUGGUAGGCUCAGCAGCAAUGAAACUAGGGUAAAUAGCAGGUUGUGUAGUUUCUGUUCACAAAAGGGGCGUUACUGUGACAUUGCAGAGGCCCCAUUUGAGGAGAGGAACAGAUUGAUUGCAAUUAGAGAUCAAGUGAAGGAAGUUGAGAACUCCUUCGUGUUUUUACAGAGAAUGAGUUCUUGGCAGCAGAUGGAUAGGCAAGCAGCAUUCAACAGUUUGGAAGAAAGCAAGCAAAAUCUAGUAGCAAAGGUGGCAGAAUAUAAAGGAAGAAGGAAACUUGAUGUGCUGACAGAACUAAAUGCAUGUUUUGGCAGUGAAAAUAAUGUCCCUUUCAAUUGGGAUUUUAGAGAGAGGUUGAAGAUAAUGUCUGAUGAACCUACAGGUGGAGUUCACAGCACAAGGUUUCUCACUAACUGCAUAAGAAAAUUGCUCUUCUCAUGGAAAUGGCAAAAAGUUGUUGGAAUUGCAGUGAAACUGGUUAUGGUUUCUGCGAGCAUUUCUUUUGUAAUUGCUGCUUGUAAAACCAGGCAACUAUUGUACACCAGCUCAACCAAAAUGAUUCCAUUUUUGGUCUCCAAAGAAGCAGGAAAAAUUGACGGUCUAUUAACCUUCUCAAAGAUCCCUCUUGAUGUUUUUUUUUUGGUAGGGGAUGAUUGUUAAUCUUUUUUUGUUUUGUUUUUAUGUCUCUCAUACAUGUAGUUAUCAAGAAACGUUUAGAGAUUUAUUUUUUUAUUAAUUUACAAGUGUAAUUGUUGUGAGAUAUAAAUUCAUAGCGCAAUCAGACCGAUUGUCACUAGACUAAAUAAUCAUUAGUGAAACGUCUUGAUAUCGAAUAUCUUUCGUUUUUUAAUAUAAUAUUUUUUCAUA